AUGUGGCUGAGUACGGAGGAGCCAAGUCAGGAAAUGUCAGGAGGCCGACUGCACUGGAGGCUGCUCACGGCCCAGGGCCAGGACACCGCCACCCAGGUGCGCACCCCGCUACAGGCCAGUAAGGGGACCACAGCAGCAAGCACUGCUGCAGACCACCACCUGGCCGAGCUGAGCGCACACCAAGAGGCAGAUAAACCCUAG